ACUUCGCACCUCCUCUUCCCGGCGUUCAAUGCGCGAGAAGGAACAGCUGGCCCGCGAGAGAGUGUUAGGCCGGAGGCCGGGUCGGAAUCGGGAGGGCUGACUCGUCUCGGGCCCUCGCUGAGAUUCUAUGCAGUGUCGGUCGGCUCCAGAGCCGGUGAUUGCGCCCGAAAUGUCCGGCCGGAGCCAUUCCGAGGAGAAAACUUCCGGGGAGGAAUCUGACGAAAUGACGACGCGGCGCUUGAUCCGCCAACAGUACCGAGAACUAAUUUCUACCGUUCAGCAGAACCAUGAGCUCAUGCUAAGCACCAAUAAUGAUAAAUUGACAGAAGCUCUAGAAGAUGCUGAUAAACUAUUUACUGGAGUGUCCUUUGCAAGGGAGGCCGCUUUGGAUGCCCAGUUCCUAGUUUUGGCAUCAAAUCUAGGAAAAGAAAAAGCAAGCCAGUUACACUCAGAUAUGACAGUAUUUGAUCCAUCUGCAUUUGCUGAAGAUUUAUUAUCACUUAUGGGUCUAAAUCGUUUGGAAACAGAAGAAAGUGAUAGUGAAGAAGAACAGGUUGCUAGUGGAUUCUUACCUCAUAAUGCUUGGCAUAAACUUGGUGAAGAAGCAAAAAAAUACUUUAGGAGGGCACCAGUUUUCCAUUUCAUGUUGGGCACAUUUACUCCUGAUCCUCCUGUUGAAAGGCCACGCGUUGAAAGGCAACGAAAGAAGGCAACUUCAGAUGGAAACAGAGUAAUGCCUGCACAAUUAAAGAAAAUGGAAGAAUCUCAUCAAGAAGCUACUGAAAAAGAAGUAGAAAGGAUUUUGGGAUUCUUACAAGCCUAUUAUGCAGAAGAGCCUGAUACACCAAUAUCUUUCCUUGAGUUUGUGACAGACCCAAAUUCUUUUGCACGAACUGUGGAAAACAUGUUUCAUGUCUCAUUCUUAAUAAGGGAUGGACUUGCAAGAAUAAAACUGGAUCAAGAUAAGCUUCCUGUAAUAGAACCUUUACGUCCAGAAGGAGUAGAAAAUUAUGAGGAUACUCACGCACGAAAGCAAGCAGUCAUAUCAAUGAGCUAUCAAGAGUGGAAGAAUAUUGUGGACAUAUUUGAAAUUUCACAGGCAAUGAUUCCACCUGCUUCACAGUCACAGACAUGAGAUGAAGCUGAUCUGAAUGUAAGAUUUCAAUCUCACUCUUUUACACAGGUAUCCAUAGUUCUGUAAAACCAGACUGAUCUUGGAAGGAGAAUGGAAACGAGCAAAACUUUCCUGUUUAAGUAUUGCAUAUUUGCUUGAAUAAGGGGAGUGCUUCCAGGUUUUCUAAAUAACAAUGUUGUAUUAUACAACAUAAUGUACAUUGUUUAUUUGCUGUAACAGCAGAUUAAUCUCAAAUUGUUGUAACUUUUAUGUUCUGAAUGUGCUUUGUCUUAUUACAAUUCAUUUGGUCAACAUUAUGUUAUUUCAAUUUGUAUUUCACCUUUCCACAAAGCAAAAAGAAGUUAGCUAACAAUAAAAACAAAGUAUGAUUUUCAGUAAAAGAAGACAUUUGAUCAGUCUUCAGAGGUGGAAAAGAGCGGUGGCUUGCCACCGCUCCCAAGGGUGUUUGCUCUGUAUUUUUGGAGUGACCCAAAAUGUGCCUUCUUUUAUGUGCCUGACAAAGACAACUUUAAAGGUCCUUUAAUGAUUCAUACUGAGAGUCACAAACAGUUGUGCCUGAAACCAUUUAGAUGUUAAAGGAGUAGAAUGGUACUAUCCCAGUUCCUUUGGUGUUGCAGCAGUAUGUGUUAAUUAUAUUUUAGUUUAGGAGAAUAUGCACUUUUAUAAAGCUUAUUUAUAGUUCCGUAGCUAAAUUAGCUUUUGAACCUCAUUAUUUGUGAAUGAUGGUACAGAGAAGAAAAAUGGGGAGUGGAAAUGCAAGGCCGAGAAGAAAAGUACAUUAGGCUGUCUACAUCAUAGGAUGUACUCAUCUCAUUGAAAUACUUUGCUUUCCUCCAUUAUACUAUUUUGGUGUCAUUCUGCAUUUAACACAAGCAUUCAAAUGUUUAUAGUAGAAUGCCUUUGUGAAAUGGCAUAUAAAAACAAAAUAGCUUCUAUUGUGGAUGUCAUUCCGUGUUAUAGAUUAUUGAAACUUGGGCAGAAGCAUCCAUUUGUAAUUAAAACACUUUGAAACACU